CACUAAAAUUUUUAUGUACUAUGGCUUGGUUUAAAUGAGUAUGACUUUGUUUUGAUUUCAUAUUAUUUUUAACGUUAAACAUCGCAUGGAAACCUCACAACACUAUUGCCUGUCUUGAAAGAUUGAAGUAUGAGCGAGUUGACUGCUGAAGAAAUUCGACAGCGCCGUCUCGCCCGACUGUCGAUGAGUCCACAGUCUACCAGUCAGGCUCCCUCUACUUCUACAGCCCACACUAGUCCAUCACCAUCAGUUGAUAUCCCUUCUUAUGGUACCAGUCCAAGUACAGGUUUCUUAAUGGAUGUUUCUCCAUCAAGAAAUAUUUCCAUCAUAAACAAGAAAGGCGGAGGCUCUCUAAGUUCUCUUGAUAGUGGUUUUGACUCGCAGUCGAUGAAUGUGGAUGAUCAUAUGAACGAGGGAAUGCUUAGUGAUAAAUGUGGUAAAAGAUUGCCACGCAAUGCUCCUUCGACAUCACCAGAUUUGUUGCAAGCUGUUAAAAAGAGUCGAGAGAAUUUUGAGGGACCACCUGUUGUAGACGAGCUAUUGAUCAAUGCCAUUACACAAAUAUUUGAUGUAUCUUUCGAGGAACAGCAAACUAAGUUUGCUAAAAGUACGUGUACAUUUCUUCCUGAAAUGGCUGAGAAUUUGCGUAAGAAAUCUUUGAAAGCAAUGUUGGCGGAUGUCGAAGUAUUUAUCAGUGAUGUUUUGAUGGAAAGAAUGUUAAUCGAGAAGUAUGGUAAUCAUAGUGAAAGCAUGUCUUGUGAUAUGGACGAUUUCACGUCGAAAGAAGAAAAGGAAGACCAUGUCGAAAAGAUUUUUAUUUAUUUGAUGGAAUCUUACGGCAGAGUUGGCAAGAUUGAUAAAGAAUACGUUCAGCCAAAAGACAAGGAAAGAUAUUUUGAUAUGUUGAAUGAAGCCAAAACUUUAUCAUUGAGAUAUAUCUACAUUGCUCUGUUGGAAAGAUCUAUACUGGCUCCCAGUCCUCUGAUGCGUUUCUUGCUCGAGGACAAGGCGAAACAACCCUCGGGUUUUCUUGCCGAACUCGUUACGACAUUAGCCGACGAUAGUGCAGCUCUGGAAUCAGUGUUUGCCCCUGUACUUCUGGGUCUUGCCGAAAGAAUAAAAAAUUGUUCAUUGGCUGAUAAAUCUUACAAAUAUCCAUUAGAAGCGAUGGCUCAACUCUGUGAAAUACGUAAGGAGUCUCCAUCAAACAGACCGAUUUGUGAUCUGAUGGUUAAACUUCCUUCGUGGCUGCCAUCGUCAUUUUCUGAUGCCAGUGGUAGAGAACUUCAAAGACUUUCUCUUCUCGGGCCGUUCUUUAGUCUCUCAGUUUUUGCUGAAGACUCGGAAGAAAUAGCUAAAAAAUAUUUUUACAAAACGAAGCUGAGAAGGGAUGCAAUAGCUCUGAGUACCAAUCAACUAAGACAUUCACUUCAUGAAGUUCAAGGACAACUCUUUAAAAUUAUCCAUGGUCUUCUGGUAUCUGUUUCGAGCCGUGAAAAAACAUUGCAAUUUAUCGCCCAAGUUUUAGACAGAAAUCAAAAACGCUCUCAUAUGCAGACUGAUGACACCAAACACUCCACCAAUGGAUUUAUGAUAAAUUUUCUCUCUGUUUUGCAAACACUGUGUCACAAGGUUACCUUAGAUAAGAUCAAUCAUUACUACCUGCAUCAUCCGAAAUGUCGCAUCGACAUUUCUCAACACACACGAAUGAAUGGAACUUUGGAUGAAAUUAAAAAAUGGAGAGACGAACUCGGUUCCAAAAUGAAGUUGGAUGUAGUGAAAUUUCCAACAGAAUGCUAUUUCUUAUGCUUCCAAUGUCAUCAUUUGUCCGUCAUGCCUUGUCUUCAUCAGUACUCGAAGACGUGGAGGACCCUUAGGGAUAUGACGAAGAUGAUCGAAGAACUUGAAGGACGUGAAAGUGAAUGGAAAGAUACGCCAAUGGCAGCGAGAAAUAAACUGCUUUUAAAAAAGUGGAAAGAAAGAAUAAAUAAACUGAUGGACUCUAAAGUGUGCUCAGAUGUCGUACUUCUCGAUUCGGACUUCCUUCUUAAUUGUCUCAGAUACUACAGUUCCACUGCCGAAUGGAUUGUGAUGUUGAUGAGAAAUUUUGAACACAGCCCUUUGGAGCUGCCUUUGAAAACAGAAGUUCCGAAACUGUUUGCAGCCUUGCCUGAAUACUUCAUUGAAGAUAUCGCUGAUUUUCUUACGUUUAUAAACGUCCAUGGUACGGAAAAUGUUGAAGAUGCUUCGCUGAGAAACAUUGUUAUGUUAAUGAUUAUGGUUAUCUGUACACCAUCGUAUUUGUCUAAUCCUUAUCUAACGGCAAAGCUUAUAGAGGUGAUAUUUAUUGGUAUACUGGUGAAUCAGCCUCAACCUUGUCCUUGGGUGGAAAUGUUACAAUAUGACGUUGUGUGUCAAGAUGUGCUCGCCCCAGCUCUUAUGAUGUUCUACACAAAUGUCGAAUCAACGGGCUCGUCUAACGAAUUCUACGACAAGUUCAGUAUUCGUCAUCACAUCUCGGUGAUCUUGAAGGAAUUAUGGAAAAUGCUUCAUCACAAAAACGCCAUUUUGAAACACAGUUCUUCAAAAGAUUUCAUACGGUUUGUGAACAUGUUGAUAAACGAUACGACAUUCCUACUGGACGAGUCGUUGAAUUGUCUUAAGUCCAUUAACGAAGUACAGCAACUGAUGAAAAACCGAUCUGAAUGGGAAGCCUUGUCCAGGGAAUCUCGAACUGCUCAUCAACGUCAACUCGCGAGCAAUGAACGACAAUGUAAAUCAUAUUUGACUUUUGCCAAUGAAACUGUUGAAAUGAUGCAUUAUCUAACUAAAGAUGCAACAGAACCUUUUCUCAAAGAGGAACUACGAGAUAGAUUGGCUGCGAUGCUCAAUUAUAAUCUUACCCAGCUCUGUGGACCUAAAUGCCGAAAUUUGAAGGUUGAGGAUCCCACCAAAUAUCAUUUCGAUCCAAAGAUGCUGCUAGAUCGUAUCACUGACAUUUACCUACAUUUGGAUUGCGCUGAAUUCAUUGAAGCUCUAGCUGCUGACGAGCGCUCCUACAAAAAUGAAUUAUUUGUCCUGGCGACUAAAUAUUUGAGAAAGGCCAACUUAAAAACUGAGGCGGAGUUGAGUAGAUUCUUAAUGAUGUCGGAAAAUGUAGAAAAGAAAAAGAAGGAGAAUGCCCAAAAAGACGAAGAUUUUGGAGAUGCGCCUGACGAGUUUAUGGAUCCAUUAAUGAACACGUUAAUGACUGAGCCAGUGCUUCUUCCAACCAGUGGUAAUAUCAUGGACAGAGCGGUGAUACGCCAUUUGCUCAACUCUUCUACUGAUCCUUUCAACAGAAGUCCUUUAUCGAUUGAGCAAUUAGUACCAGUGGGCGAAUUAAAGGAACAAAUACAAAAAUGGAUUGAAACAAAGUCACGAUCAAGAAAUGAUCGAAGCGAGUUGUAAAUUGUCUAGGAUUUAGGUUUGUUUGAAUCUUUCGGUUUUUCGUUGUUUAUUUCUCGUGUGUAUGCGUGCAAAGGAUAGUUUUAUCCCUCAUGAAUUCUUAAUAACAACAACUUGUAGUUUGAAUGUAAUGUUGUGUAUCCUACAGUUUUCAUGUUGUACAGUCUCGAUUUCACUAUCUCUAAUGUCACAACAAAUUAUAAUUCAUGCGAAUAUAUCUGUAAUGAUA